UUUUCUAAUUAGGGUCACACUGGUCAACACGCUAUGGAAAAGCCUAUAAAACACGAAAUGUUUAUAAUAAAUGUUCAGGAAGAAGAGGCAAAGUGUACUGAAUCACAGUUGGAUAUAUUACUUAAAAUCCACGAUGGCCAGUACAGACUAGUAAAGAAGAAGAAACGCAGCUCUGUGUGGAACGUGUACAGGGAAAUUGCCCGUCCGGACGGCACUAAGCUAAAAUGGAGAUACUAUUGCUUGGGAUGCAAGCGUGUAAUGCAAUCAACUGGAGGCACUACAUCCAAUCUGCGCAUACACAAAUGUCAUGUACGUUACCUGAAGCAGCACGGCAAGGAUGGGGAGUCGCCAAAGAAAUCACAAAUCCGUGACAGUGAGCAAAGGACGCCAAUGACAACGAGUAAGCGUCAAAUUCAAACCUACAAUGAUUUCGUAGAUACAAAAGCAGAGUACAGCGAUGAAGAAGACUACGAGGAACUCAGCAUCACACCAGCUUCAAAUAUAGAGAUUGAACAAAUUGGUUCACAGGAAGAAAAUCACACGUCCGCUGAGAGACCACUUAUUAAGUUAUUCUCGGAGGAUGAGGUUUGGUCACCCGAAGUCACCGAAGAGCAUCCCAUCGAAAUAGAUAAUGUGACUGAAGACGUAUCGAUAGACUUCAGUAAGGAAACCAUCCAUCCUAAUUCCUCUCAAGAAAUUCACAUUGAUGCCAGUGCAAUCUCUGAAGCCGAAAGCUAUGCCCGGGCCUGGGCUCAUGCAUUCCUUAAAUUGAGCGAAGAGCAAAAAUUCUUUGCGAAACGUUCAAUUGAUGAGCUUUUGGUAUUGGGAAGAUUGGAACGACUGAAUAUAUCGACGGUGACAUCGCUGACAACCAACUUAUAAGGCUCGAAUUAUCAACUAUAAAACAUGGCUAACAUAAGCUUGAUAUUUAGUUUUAUAUACGCAUAUAUAAACUACGAAGACGUUAAAUUCUCAAAUUUUAAUUGCUUAUUAACCUAAGGCUUAUUUAAGCUUUUCAUUGCUCUGGAAGUUAAUAAAUCAAAACAUUGUAUCACGCAAUAUAUUCUUGAAAAAAAAAUUGUAUGAGGAGCCUUCAAUAAUGGCUAAUAUUGUGAGGCUAGUUUAAACAGAGCUCAAUUGUAAAAAUUAUUUACUAUAAAGUUAACCCAAUAAAUGAUAAAAAGUGCUUUUCAUA